AAUGAGCAUAAAAAAAUAAAGUUACCAAAAACCAAGUUCACUGUACCUAAAAUUUUCUUCUUCUUUGUGCCUAUAAAACCCUUCUUCGUUUCACCAAACCAAAAACUCUGAAAAAAAAAUCAAAAUUGAGUAGGAGGAUUUCUGAGGGAUUUUGUGUACGGAAAUGGCAUCCAAGAGGAUUCUGAAAGAGCUCAAGGAUCUCCAGAAAGAUCCUCCUACCUCUUGCAGUGCUGGCCCAGUUGCGGAAGAUAUGUUUCACUGGCAAGCGACACUUAUGGGUCCAUCUGACAGUCCUUAUGCUGGUGGAGUGUUUCUUGUGACCAUUCAUUUUCCACCCGAUUAUCCAUUUAAGCCUCCAAAGGUAGCUUUUAGGACAAAGGUUUUUCACCCAAACAUCAACAGCAAUGGCAGCAUUUGCCUCGACAUUCUGAAGGAACAAUGGAGCCCGGCACUUACGAUUUCCAAGGUGCUGCUGUCAAUCUGCUCUCUGCUAACAGACCCUAAUCCCGAUGAUCCUUUGGUGCCCGAGAUUGCUCAUAUGUACAAGACUGAUAAAAGCAAGUACGAAGCAACUGCUCGGAGCUGGACCCAAAAGUAUGCAAUGGGUUAGUUGCUGCUCAGACCCAUGUCCGGAGGGGGGCUCCUUUCCCUCUGAGUUUGUGGUCAUUGUCUAUGACAUAUUAAGAAGUGUUUGUUUCUUCAUGUAUAAUCAACUUGAGAGGAAAGCUUGAAUUGUGGCCUCACUGUGAAACAUUGAGUUUGCUGUGUCUGUAAACCUUUAAUGGCUUUUAAAUCCUGUGGAUGGGUUCAAACUAGUAGACAUCUGACCCUUGGCAACUGAAGUAAGUGAUCUCUUAACGCUUAAA